AUGGCUUGGACGCUUGUCCAGUCUUUUAAAUAUACACAUAAAAUGAAUUAUAUUCACAUUCCUAUUUACCAAGACCAGCCAAGAAAUCAAGAUUCUCUCCAGUGGGAAGAUUACAGACUAUCCCGGUCAAGAAUGGACGGUAUUCACAAAGACUCAAAUUCAAAAUGGCGUUUUACAUGUAAUUUUGACAAGGAUGGUCUGCUACAUACCGAUUAUGUAAUAGCAACUCAUGCAGAUAUCCCUAUAUUAUUUCUUCCUAGUAACCAUGAAGCAUGUCACAAGUUUGAAUUUAUUGAUAUUCGUGGUAAUAACUGUACUAAUUGCAAAGUAUGGACUGCACAAAGAGAUAAUUGGUCAUUUCAUAUUGAUUCAUAUCAUACAAAUGGAAAGUGUAAAACAAACACCUUCCCAGACUCGAUCAGUUGCAACGAGAAUGGAGAAGACAACUUUGGAUUCUACGUAUGUGUUAAUCCCAAACAUCGUUGUAGUUCAACCAACGAAUCCACAACAGAACUAUGGUUCGGUGGUCAAUAA